UUCUCUGUUAUGAUCUUUUCUGCGAUGAUUGUCUGUGGAACUAAAUUGGCACGUUCUCCUCGGCUAGUAUCAUCAGCUUUUCAUUGUUCCUUUUCAAGCACAACACACAGUGCCCAAAAAUUAACUAAAAAUGCUUUAGAUAGCUUCAUAAGUGACAGUCUUGACAAUUUUAGUGAUGUUGAACUUGCUCCAUAUCGUAUAAAUGGAUUUGUAUUGGGAACAAGUUUUCAGGAUGCAUAUAUUGACUAUUCCCAAUAUGGUGAAGAUAAUAACGGAACAUUUAUGAACCUAAACGAAGAGAAACACAAUACUUCCCUUUUUACUCCAAAAAUAAAAUUUUCUUCCAUAUUUGAAAAAAGUUUCAAGGCCCUAAAAUAUGAGCGUGUUGAUGAUGGAUGGAGUCCUAGAAUAAAAAUUGUCACUGAUAUUUUAAAGUAUGGAUUUAUAGCAGAGAAAGAGUUUCAUGAAAUGUGCCUUCAGAAAGUUCGUUAUAUACCAAAUCAAAUUCAUGAAGAAUUAUACAUCACAACCAUCUUAACAAACCACCUAUUCUCUAGGCUGACAUCUGUCGGGGGAUAUUUAAGAUUUGUAGCCAAUAACAACACUGACAAGUCAAAGUUUGAGAUGUGUCCUUGCAGACAUUGUGAUGAUGAAAUACUUUUAGGAAAUACUGGAAUUGGAAGUGAGUAUUUAUUUUAUGGACAACCUGAUGUUAAACUUUAUACACAGGGUGGUGAUUUCUUCAACAUUGUGUACCCAUCAGAGGACAAUAGGUAUCUGGAGGAAAUGGAUGGACCAAAUAUAAGUGAUUCUGACAAUUAUAAUACAAGCCAUGCCCUGAGAUAUAGGAAAAAUAUUUCAAAAUUUAUUUCUCAAGUUAUUACUUUUUCCUUUUACCAAAGAUCUUUACAAAAAAGGAAACAUAUAAAAUUCACAUCAACUUUAAUACCAACACUGGCAGUAACUGAAAAUCAUUUUGAUAUAUAUAUGUAUGACUGCGAGAAUGACAUUCUAUUAAGAAACUAUGGAGAACCUAUACCGCUAUGGAAUGAAGCACCAUCAGAGUCAACAUAUGAAACAUUAAACAUGUCGUCAGUUUUAAUGCUUUGGAUGGUACUGAAUCACAUGACAUUACCACCAUGUCUUUCGGAUGAAGAUAUGAAUAAUCUCAAGGGAACAUGUGACUUUCUUCCACACAUUUCUCAGGCACGUAAACAACUUAUUGAGAACACAGUGGACCAGAAAAAAAGAUUUCAUCCUGUGAAACCAGAUGGGGAGAGGGAGCUACUUUCAAUGUAGAAAUAAAAACAAUUGACAACUCA